AUGCAAAUUUUUGUGAAGACACUUACUGGUAAAACCAUUACUUUGGAAGUGGAACCAUCUGAUACUAUUGAAAAUGUUAAAGCGAAAAUUCAAGACAAAGAAGGCAUUCCUCCAGAUCAACAACGUUUGAUUUUUGCUGGAAAGCAGUUGGAAGACGGCCGCACUCUUUCCGAUUACAAUAUACAAAAGGAAUCUACUCUUCACUUGGUAUUGCGUUUACGUGGUGGUAUGCAAAUCUUUGUUAAGACCCUUACUGGAAAAACCAUUACUCUGGAGGUUGAAGCCUCUGAUACUAUUGAAAAUGUUAAGGCUAAGAUUCAAGACAAAGAGGGCAUCCCCCCAGAUCAACAGAGGCUUAUUUUUGCUGGAAAACAAUUAGAGGAUGGCCGUACCUUAUCCGAUUAUAACAUUCAAAAAGAGUCUACCCUUCACUUGGUAUUGCGUCUUCGUGGUGGUAUGCAAAUCUUUGUCAAAACCCUUACUGGUAAGACCAUUACUUUAGAAGUUGAAGCCUCUGACACUAUUGAAAAUGUAAAGGCAAAAAUCCAAGACAAAGAAGGAAUUCCACCUGACCAACAACGUCUUAUCUUUGCUGGCAAACAAUUGGAAGAUGGCCGCACCUUAUCUGAUUACAAUAUUCAAAAAGAAUCAACACUUCAUUUGGUACUUCGUCUCCGUGGUGGUAUGCAAAUAUUCGUUAAAACUUUAACUGGAAAAACCAUAACAUUGGAAGUGGAGCCAUCUGACACUAUUGAAAAUGUAAAAGCUAAAAUCCAAGACAAGGAGGGCAUUCCUCCAGAUCAACAGCGUCUUAUCUUUGCGGGAAAGCAAUUGGAAGAUGGUCGCACUCUUUCUGAUUACAAUAUCCAGAAAGAAUCAACUCUCCAUUUAGUAUUACGUCUGCGAGGUGGUAUGCAAAUAUUUGUCAAGACCCUCACUGGAAAAACGAUUACUCUAGAAGUCGAACCAUCUGAUACUAUUGAAAAUGUGAAGGCUAAAAUUCAGGACAAGGAAGGGAUUCCUCCAGAUCAACAGCGUCUUAUCUUUGCCGGCAAGCAAUUGGAAGAUGGUCGCACCUUGUCGGACUACAACAUUCAAAAAGAGUCUACACUCCAUUUGGUAUUACGUCUGCGUGGUGGUAUGCAAAUAUUUGUGAAGACCCUUACUGGCAAAACCAUUACAUUGGAAGUCGAACCAUCUGAUACCAUUGAAAAUGUUAAGGCUAAAAUCCAAGACAAGGAGGGCAUUCCCCCAGAUCAACAGCGUCUUAUUUUUGCCGGUAAGCAAUUGGAAGAUGGCCGCACCCUUUCCGACUAUAAUAUCCAGAAAGAAUCUACACUUCACCUGGUAUUACGUCUGCGCGGUGGUAUGCAAAUAUUUGUGAAGACCCUUACUGGCAAAACCAUUACUUUGGAAGUAGAGCCAUCUGACACCAUCGAAAAUGUUAAGGCUAAGAUCCAGGAUAAGGAGGGCAUUCCCCCAGACCAACAACGACUUAUCUUUGCAGGAAAGCAAUUAGAAGAUGGACGUACUCUCUCUGACUACAACAUCCAAAAAGAAUCUACUCUCCAUUUAGUACUACGUCUCCGUGGUGGUAUGCAGAUAUUUGUCAAGACCCUGACUGGGAAGACCAUCACCUUAGAAGUGGAGCCAUCUGACACAAUAGAAAAUGUAAAGGCAAAAAUCCAGGAUAAAGAAGGCAUUCCCCCUGACCAACAGCGUCUCAUCUUCGCUGGUAAACAGUUGGAAGACGGACGUACCUUGUCUGACUACAACAUCCAAAAAGAAUCUACUCUCCAUUUGGUAUUGCGUCUGCGUGGUGGUAUGCAGAUAUUUGUUAAAACCCUCACUGGAAAAACCAUUACUCUGGAAGUGGAGCCUUCUGAUACCAUCGAGAAUGUUAAGGCUAAGAUUCAGGACAAGGAGGGUAUUCCCCCAGACCAACAGCGUCUUAUCUUUGCCGGCAAGCAAUUAGAAGAUGGACGCACACUCUCUGAUUAUAAUAUUCAAAAGGAAUCUACUCUUCAUUUGGUACUUCGUCUUCGUGGAGGUAUGCAAAUCUUUGUGAAGACUCUUACUGGCAAAACUAUUACUUUGGAAGUGGAGCCAUCUGACACCAUCGAAAAUGUAAAGGCUAAAAUCCAAGACAAGGAGGGUAUUCCCCCAGACCAACAACGUCUCAUCUUUGCUGGAAAGCAAUUGGAAGACGGACGUACCUUAUCUGAUUACAAUAUCCAGAAAGAGUCUACUCUACACUUGGUAUUACGUCUGCGUGGUGGUAUGCAGAUAUUUGUUAAGACUCUGACUGGAAAAACCAUUACCCUGGAAGUAGAGCCAUCUGAUACCAUUGAAAAUGUAAAGGCUAAAAUCCAAGACAAGGAGGGUAUUCCCCCAGACCAACAGCGUCUUAUCUUCGCUGGCAAGCAAUUGGAAGAUGGUCGCACUCUAUCCGAUUAUAACAUUCAAAAAGAAUCAACCUUGCACUUAGUUCUUCGUCUUCGUGGUGGAUUC